CAGAAAAGGAUUAAUAAUGGGUAUGAUCUCAACCCAUGCUUACGCUUAGCUAUAAUAUCCUUUUGACCAUUGCUAACAUAACUUACAGGUAACUCUUCAGAUAUCGAGCGUAGCAUUUCGCCCACUGCAGAAGAGAAGAUGGCGAAGACACCACCGGGUGAUUCGCACGCCCCAUAUCUCGACCCCUCCGUUAUGGAGGAUGACUAUGAGGGCAAGCCGACUGAUGAAGAGCUGAAAACCUUACGCCGAGUACCCGGCAACUUGCCCGUUGUCGCCUAUCUUAUCUGUAUUGUGGAAUUCUGCGAACGAGCUUCCUACUAUGGUGUACAGCCCUUGAUUAGCAAUUAUGUUAACCGACCUCUACCUGUGGGCGGAAACGGCUACGGAGCACCUCCCGAGGGCACGCAGCAAACGGCUGGUGCGCUAGGAUUGGGAACCGUCCCAGCCAAUGCUGUUACCCAAUCGUUCAGUUUAUUAGCAUACGCACUGCCUAUGUUGUUUGGAUGGCUCGCCGAUGUGAAGACUGGCCGUUUCAUGCUCAUCUGCUGGGGCGUGGCUGUCUUUGGUCUUGCCCACGUCUUGAUGGUUGCAGCUGGUGCCAAGGACCUUUUAGCAGCCGGCACGGCCAAGGUCCCCUAUUUCCUUUCCGUCUAUAUUUUGUCCAUUGGUGCUGCCAUGUUCAAGCCCAACGUCUCGCCUCUACUUCUCGACCAGAUGACCACAACCGUUCCUAAGGUCAUAACCACAGCCGACGGUGAGAGGGUGAUCCAAGACCCCGAGUCUACAACCGAGCGUGUUAUGCUUUGGUUUUACCUUCUAAUCAACAUUGGAGGUUUCAUGGGAGUUGCUACAUCAUACUCUGAGAAGUAUGUGGGCUGGUGGCUAGCCUUCCUGAUUCCUCUUCUGCUUUACCUCCCUCUGCCGCUUCUUCUUUGGUUCCUGUACAAGCGUUUGAUCCUUCAUCCCCCAGGAGGGAGUGAUCUUGGUAACGUCUUCCGAGUUCUCGGUAUUUGCCUGAAACGGGGUGGUAUUAGGAGAAUCGGUCGUCGCGGAUUUUGGGACUUGGCCAAGCCCUCGAACAUCGCAGCUAUGGGCUUAAACUACAAGACAACCUGGAACGAUGAGUUUGUGGAUGAUGUUCGACGUACUUUCCAGGCCACUGGGAUUUUCUGCUUCUUCCCUAUACAGUACAUCAACGACAAUGGUCUCGGAGCUGCAGCCAGCUUCCUGUCGACUAUGCUAACCACCAACGGCGUUCCCAACGACGUCAUCAGCAACUUCAACUCACUCAGUAUUAUCGCGAUGGCCCCAGUUCUAAAUUAUGGCCUUUACCCGCUUCUACGGAGGUUCAACAUCCACUACGGCCCCGUCGCCCGUAUCACGACCGGUCUUGCUAUGUCUUCGAUCGGCGGUGCUGCAUACACGGUCUUGAACUACUACGCAUACCAACAAUCGCCUUGCGGUGACCAUGGCUCCAGCGACUGCACAAUUGGCACUGGUGUGGCACCCAUUAGCAUUUGGUGGAUGGCGAUUCCUUUUGCUAUCGGCGGUAUCUCGGAGCUGUUCGUCAACGUACCCGCUUACGGCAUCGCUUACUCCCGCGCUCCCGUCAACAUGAGAGGUCUCGUGUCAGCCCUUAACCUAUUAAACACGGCUUUCGCCUACGCCAUCGGAUUGGCCUGUUCAUCCGUCAUUACGGAUCCCUAUCUGACGUGGGAUUUCGGCGGCCCGGCCAUCGCUGGUGGGGUUCUAACCAUAAUCUUCUACUUUACCUUCCGCCACAUCGACGAGGAGGAAUUUUCCCUCAGCCACAACAAUGACUACCACCUAAAGCUAGAGGGCACCCUCAACGUCGUCGGCGAGAACGAGCUUAAUAAGACUCCCAACCGGCCCGCACCUAUUGCCGAAAACGAGGAGGUGAUGAUUUCGCAGAAGCAAUAAUUCUUCGUUUUCUGCAUCAAUAGCUCUUUACAUCAUGGGUAGCAGGGAAUCAUUUCGGGUAAUGGCAUGGAUAUGGGAGGCGUGCAAGAAAAGCUAGCCUAUGCAGGUCGAAUACUGCGGGACAGGGUUCCGAUACUUUACAUAUGCUUAUUCAUAUUUGGCUACUACCAUGUGUAGAUAUGUGUGUAUGUGUAUACGAGCGACGCGGCAUAUGCUCGCUCGGCAGGUACCGCGCGUGGAAUGACGGACUGCAAUUAGUUCCUACUCUACAACACUCAAAUAACUCUGGUGAUUAUUAGGGCUUUGGGAAUAGGAUGGUCGCAUUUAUAAGGACUCAUUGUCGGAAUAUAAUAUAUUGAUACCUCACUCUAUACAAU